UUCACUGGAUCUGGUGAGAGAUGAAAGCGAGCUAUUCAUAGCAAAUCACUCCAUGGAUCGUCUUCAUCCAGCGUCUGUGGCGUGUUCAACUUCAAUGGAGGUGGGUUAUCUCUUGAUGUCGGCUCUGAAGACUUCACCAUUUGAUUCGGCUCUCUCGAUCUCACCAUCUGAAGACUCUCACCAUCUGAAGCGUGCUCGAUUGAG